AUGGGAACGUGCUGGUUCGUAGUGUGGGUGCUCUUCGUCUGUUUUAUCGGAGAUGCGCGGCCGCAAUACAGGGACAAAAAUAUAAGCACGGCGGAGACAGACGCGGUACAAGCACUUUUGGCCCGUUACCUUCAGCGUCGUCUUCAAGGCUCUCAGCUGUCGACGCCGCCACCUCCGUCGGUCCUCUUCAGUAACAAUCAUCGGGCCCACGUCCGACAGGCCACUCAGAGAGGUCCACCCAACAACAAUCUCGUCUCGCGAAAUGUCAGCGGCAAUGAUGGGGACCACCGUCCUGUCCUUGAGGAUUACGAAGAUUACGAGGACGACCUCGAGGGCUACGAGGACAGCGAGAGGAGCAGAACCAGAUUCGAUCUUUUGGCGGACGACUGUCCAAACUGUGUGGACGAACAUAGCAACAGCUUGGCGGCUUCAAGAUGGACGAUGCCUUUACUGAAGCUGGGCGAGAAGAGAUACUACCUGGGGAUCUUCUUCAAGGCAAACUGGUACAGAGCCUCGCAAUAUUGUCGUUAUCACGGGAUGCAUCUGGCGAGUAUAGCCUCGCAAGAGGAGAACGAUAGACUUGAGAAGCAUAUCAAGGACUUCGGUCUCGGUCACGAGCAUUUUUGGACUUCUGGCACCGACCAGGCCGAGGAAGGAACUUUUUUCUGGAUGGCUAAUGGUAGGCCGAUCACGUUCGAGAAUUGGAACGUCGGCGAACCAAAUAAUUUUCGAUACGAGAACGGCGAAGAGGAACAUUGCCUGGAGCUCUGGAAUAGAGAUGGCAAAGGGCUCAAAUGGAAUGACAGUCCUUGCAGCUUCGAGACUUUCUUCGUCUGUGAAGUGCAGUGA